AUGGGUGAUAGGAGACCAGGAAGUAACGGUACUGUGACAUGGCAACCAUCACGUUCCCCACGCCAUUUGGUCACUACUAUCCAUGGCAUGGGUAAACUGAUUUCUGUGAAACGCAACAGCCUUCGUGGGGCGAAACACGAGGACAACGAUGAGGACCAAGAGAAGAGGGUGAAAGAAAGGCUUGUGCAAGAUGUCCUUCGACACGACAUGAUUACCGCAGCGGAGGCGUACCAAGCACAUCCUCCGAUGGGGGAAGUGGUCGUUCUCUUGUGGCUGUAUCGAGACGACGCGGAUAUAGUCAAGUUUUUGUGCGAUUGGAUCGAAUCGAGUGCCUUGAAGCAACCAAGUCUCGUGGAUGAAGGAAUGGACCCGUACUUGGCCCAGCUCGUGCAAGUCGCGCUUUAUUGGGAUCCCUGCGACGGAAAAAAGUCAGCCGACAACAAUCUUAAUGAAACCGAGCGCUUGCUAUUGAUCUUGUCUCAACUGUCCACCCGCUUUGCGGCUCAGUAUCACUGGACACUACAGUCACUGUUGCAGGAACUCCAACCGGAAACGACAAAAGCCCGCCUGAAUGUCAAGUUUGACAUGCAAGCUUACUCUAGAUGCAUGGUGCUCCAAGGCAACCUCGAGCGGUGCAUGAUCGGAAAGGGAACCAGACCAGCUCCGAAACAACCACAGAUUGAAGUUCUGACAAAGUACGGCGGAAAGGUUACUGGUGACGAGUAUCACGCCAUUGGUCACAACGAAGAAGAAACCAACGCGGACUUCUUUCAAACCAUUGUGGACCUCGCAGAACACAACGCCACGAAGCUAUCACGACCCGAGAGCAAGAAAAAAUCGAUUGCACGCGACACACCCUUUCUGAAGCGAUCGUUCGGAGCGGUGCUUCUGUUCAAGCGGCAGUGCCGCAAGGGCGCUCGUCGCAAGCCGUGGAAGAAACGCUACUUUGCCAUUGAGGAGAACAUGCUGAACUGUUACAGUCGGGAGCGCACAUUGCUGCGAUCCAUGUCCCUUGAGGGCGCCACGAUUUGGAAGGGGCCGCCGCACAAGCACCCUCACUAUUUCAUCGUUGGAAACGAAGAAAACAUGUUCCAUUUGAGGGCGUCCUCGGAAGAGGAAAAGACAUUGUGGCAACGCAAGCUACGAGAGGUCAUUCAGCUGAAUCACGACGCGCUCUCUUCGGAGGACCUAAGCGACUCCCAAAAGGAGCGGUACACUAGGUUCCAAAGAGCUAAAUGGUUCGGUAGGAUGCUGACAGAAACAACGUUUGAUCUAGACGGCACGCAGGUGGGGGAAAGGGGCAAACGGCUUCACGAGACCUUCUUUGAAAUGGAAAUCCCGCAAGAUGUAUAUUGGCCUUGGAACGAUGAGGGUGCGAACCCUACGGAGCCGGAAAAGCGAGUGUUUGUCGUCUUGCCCCACUUUUGCCACUUGGUUUCGCACACCAGUGCCACCAAGAGGAAAGAUGCCACGCCGCUCUUUCAGGCGAGCUUCCUGCUAAAGGAAUCACGAGAUGAGGAGAGCAAGGAAUCAGCUACAUCUGCGAGAGCACUCCUAGCAGAAGGAUGGAAAGAAAUGCCAUCAAGCGUGUUGGAUAUCCCCGAAAGACUCCUCCAAGUUUCGAGCUCGUUAUCGAUUCCGGUAGACGUGAGCAUGAAGGAGACCGAUGGAGGCAGCGUUACAGGAGAAAGCACAGACGGUCUCUCGACAGAAAGCGUCUCCACGUUGGAAGAGCCUCCUUCAAUGGAUGUCUCCAGCGACAGUGUAACGGAAGAAGAGGCAACCUCUAUGAACGACAAAAAAGAAGCCGCUCUCGGCAGCGACAACAACAACAACGGGGAGGUCUCUCUAGAUGGCGACGAGGGGAACAGCGACCACAAAGGCGACCACAAAGGCGACCACAAAGGCGACCACAAACACAAAGAGCUCGAGCCAGAAGAACAUGCCAAUGGCGCCAGUCCUCAUGAUGCCAAAGUCACAGACGCGAAGGACCCUAGUGACGCAAAUGACACGAAGGAGCUCGACGAAGCGACAGAAUCACUGCAAGGCGACGACUUGCCAACCGAUCAAAAGAACUGGAUUGAGCUCGUACUCGACACGAGAAUCCAAAGUGAGCUGACAACCCGAAGUGAUCCGACGAUAGAAAGCAACGAUUCGAGACAGAGCACAGGAAGUAAAAUGACGACGAAAAGUACCGACUCCUGCGAGAGCAGCGGCAGUGACGUUGCCGAAAACGAACUCGACAAGGUUGUCAAAGACAAGGAAGGAGACGACAGCGGAAAGGGAGAAGAGGAGACGAAGGAGGAAGAAGAGGAGAAAAAUGAGGAGAAGGUAGAAGUGGACCGGGCUUCUCUCAAGUACACCAGGACAUCCGAAACCACAAAAGGAUUAGUGUCGUUGCGGACGAAACCAUACCAAUGGCAAGAGAUGCUGGCAGCGCAGUUGGCUCAAUACUACCAUUCACUGUUUGUAGGCACCAAGAUUUGGGUCCGGCCGCCUCGGCUUCAGAGACUAUCAAACGACCUUGUUGUCACAGAGACGCCCAAAAAUGCAACUACCAUUGCGGACGCCAAAGCAUCUGUGGAGAAUGGGUCAACUCUCGUGGAUUACUUUGUAGCAUGCCAUGGCCCUGUGGGAUCCGAAGCCUACCAGCUGGCCCGAGAGUGCUUUGCACAGAGCCUCGCUGGAUUAUCGGUCUUGUCGUACCUGUUCGGGAUCAAGAAUCGACACGAUGGCAACCUGAUGCUCGACAGCAGUGGGCACAUCUUCGCAUCGGACUUUUCGUGUGUGUUUGGUAGAGACUUGAACGGAAUCAGUACAGCCAUGGAGGUUGCCCCCUUCAAGCUGACCAACGAGUACAUUGAUUUGAUGGGUGGGGCCUCAUCAAGCUGCUACGACAACUUCUGUGAUCUCCUAGAUUCAGGAUUGCGAUUGGCUCGUGACAAGGCUGAUGUUGCGACCCAGCUUAUCCAAGUGGCGGCAGGCAUCAGCAACGACGACAGCAAAGUGAAAGAUCGGGUGGUGCGCCAGUUCCAGCAAAAGGUAAUGCUUGGUGACGUGUCUGAUGAAGUGGUAAAGAAAAAGUCCAAGUCGCUGAUCGAAAAGUCUCAAAGAAACAUCAUGACGGCAGCGUACGACGCCAUGUCCAACAGGAGACUCUCGCAUGGCGUCGAAGUGUAG